GGUAUAACAAACACAACUAUCAGCAGCUCAACACUCAAACUUUCUCCACCACAUCUCACAUUAUUGGAGUUUACAACGCUCCGCAUCAACACAGCGACAAAACACGGGAAUAUGUAACGCGAAACAGCUACGAUGAAGGACUGGUGUGAUCUUCUCUUGGCUGAUUCUGCUGCUGUUCCGCAUGCAGCCUAAUGAGCCCUCAUGCACACUAUGGCAACAAUCGGUCCGUGCUCAGAUGCAGAGGACCUGUUGGCUUCCAUCCACCUGGAGAGGUAUCUGGACCACUUCCGUCAGGCAGGCUUUCUCCUCGCUCGAGACUUCUGUCAUGUGGAUAAUGCUGCUCUGAACCGGGUCGGAGUCGCUGCCACCGGCCACAGGAAGCGGAUCCUCAAACUGGUGGAGCACAUUCAGCUGAUCUGCCAACAUCAAAGCAAAGAGCCCUCGCUAGAUCGCUGUAAUUCAGAGUCCGCCAUUCACGAUGUGACUCCUGUCAAAGCCGAGCCUCUUUCUCCUUCAAAACCUCCUGGCACCACUUUCCAAGCCUUACGCAACAGCUCUGCCCCCAAUCUUUGUGCACAAGUCAAGCGCUCAUUCUCGGAGCGCAGCACCAGUGUUGUAAAGCCGGUACCAAAACCAAGAACUGUCUUCCACAAACUGAGAGGAGACAAAUUCUCUCUAGCGACGCAACACGAACACCGAAAGUCAUCUCAGGAUAAUGUAAUCGAUUCAUCCUUUAUUUCAUGCAGUACAGACACUGUUAAAACAGCUACUGAAUCUAAAAAGGGCCAUUACGAGCCAAGUCUCAGCUCUACUGCUUUAUCUCCAGAGACUGAGGGGCCGUUACCUCCAGUUCCCCCCAGGUUAAAUCGAGGGAUUCCUCCAUCUACGUUCAGGAGGAUGUCGGGACAGGAGCGUCUAAGCACCCCGCCGCUCUGUACCCCUCCAGACUCGCCAUCCAGUUAUCAGUGUUCUCCCUUCACUAACACACCUGGAUCCCCCCCGAGUCCACCCUGCUCAGGGCUAGAGAUGGUCUCUAAUGAAAUCUACUGUGGCACUUUACCAGACACUCCGCAUGUGUUUUGGAGUCGUUCUGUACCCAUCCCCCCUCCACGCCAGGAGCCCAGUCCAUCCACUGAAAAUCAUAGCACUUUAGAAAAGUCUAACUCAAGUGAAUCAUCUAAAAGAACGUCUGCAUCUGCUGAGGAAGAUGAUGAAAUGAUCAACCCGUACUGUGAAACUGUUUUCCACAGUAAGCGGCAAUAUCAGCAUUCAGAGGUUGAGAGAAGCGAAAGUGAAGAAAAGACUUUGAAUAAAGAAGAUAAACUGAGAGAUCAUGGGCAUCACAAUCACUCAUGGCUGAAGCGUCUGGACUCUCCAGGCUACUGUACAGUAGGUGAAUCCUCGCACUCCUUCUCUCUCCCUCACAACCUGUGCUCCAGUGAAGCAGACGAGGACAUCAUCUCCCCCUACGCAAGCUUCACCUCCCUGUCCGAGCGUGCAGCGCCAAUCCUGAGCGGCUGGCUGGACAAACUCUCUCCUCAAGGAAACUACGUGUUCCAGAAACGAUAUGUGAAAUUUGACGGGAAGAACUUGAUGUACUUUGGGAGCGAAAAGGAUGCCUAUCCCAAAGGUGUGAUUCCUUUAGCUGCCAUACAGAUGGCCCGUCUAGCCAAAGACAACAAAUUUGAGAUAGUGACAAGUCACCGGACAUUUGUCUUCCGAGCUGAUAAUGAUGUCCAGAGGAGCAAAUGGUGCAGCACGUUGCAGGAGCGGGUCAAAGAACAGCUGGUUUUUGGUCGCCCACGUUUUGGCCCCGGCAGUCACUGCCAAAAGAGCGGCUUCCUGGAGCUCAAAGGAACCAAGUCAAAGAUCUACACCGCAAUUAUAAUGGAGCAGAUCUGGUUGUACAAGAGUGAGCAGUGCUUUAAAAAUGGGAUUGGAAUUACUGUAAUUGAGGCGAGAGGUGCUACAAUUCGUGAUGGGAAGGGCAAGAGCUUUGAUCUCAUUACACCUUAUAAAACCUUCAGCUUUACGGCAGAGACGGAUCGUGAGAAGCGGGACUGGAUGGAGGCCCUGCAGGAAUCUAUAGCCGAAACACUGUCUGACUACGAGGUGGCCGAGAAGAUCUGGUCCAACAGGUCCAACAAGAUCUGCGCAGACUGCAAAGCCAUCAAUCCGGAUUGGGCAUCAAUCAACCUCUGUGUGGUCAUCUGUAAAAACUGCGCAGGCCAACAUCGAGGUCUGGGCACAAUGGUGUCUAAAGUGCAGAGUCUGAAACUGGACACCAGCGUGUGGAGCAAUGAGAUCGUUCAGCUUUUCAUAAUGCUUGGCAAUGAUAGAGCCAAUGAAUUCUGGGCUGCCAGGCUUCCUGUGUCCGAAGAGCUGGACUGUGAUGCUUCUCCAGAGCAGCGCAGAGAGUUUAUCAGCCACAAGUACAGAGAGGGCCGAUACAGGCACCCACAUCCUAGCUUUAGCAGCCAGGAGGAACUGCUGAAGGCGCUGUGCACCGCCGUGACCGAGCAGAACCUGCUGAAAACAGUCACUCAGAUUUUUGCGGAGGCAGAGGCCGCGAGACUCGCUGACGCUAAUGGACACGAUAAGCGUGUGUCACCGCAUUACUCAUACGCACAGUCUGCAGAUUCCUGCGUGUAUGAUGAGAUCAUGCAGCCCAUUCUGUACUCCGGCUUCCUCUACAAGUCAGGCUCUUUGAACAAAGGGACAUUAUCACGCAGGACCAGAGACGCAGAUUUCCAAAAAUACUGGUGCACGGUGGAGAAGUCUAUUCUCUUUUAUGAGUCUGACAGAUGUCAUGAGCCCAGUAUGAAGAUCGAUGUUAAAGACAUCAUCUGUUUAGGAGUCAGCAGGCCAGACUCCAGCAACAACAGCGGCUUUAUUGACAAAUUUCGCUACACUUUUGAACUUUACCUAACGUCUGAUAAACUGGUCCAGUUUGGCUUGGAGACUCCAGAUGCUUUGCACAGUUGGGCGAGAGCAAUAGGGAAGGCCACUACUCCUCUCAGCUGUCACUGCCUGCUGGCGCGAGAGUUCGAGCGGGUGGGUGUGCUGAGAUACAAGGCCAUGUUAGACCCACAGCAGUGGAAAGAAGGCUUCUUUGUUCUCCAGAAGUCCAACCUGUUCAUAUGCCCUGGAAAUGAUGGAGCCGCUGAGGAUAUUAUAAACCUGAAACGCCUACAGGAGCUCAGUAUUGCAUCAGAAAUGGAGAACCAUGAGAAGAAGGACAUUCUGGUUCUUGUUGAGAAAGGAAGGACUCUUCAUCUGCAGGGCAUGGGCAGGACUGAUUUUUCCCUCUGGUACGCGGACAUCCAGAAGGCUGCAGGGGGGAAAGGAAACACCCUGAAGGAUCAGCAGCUCAGCAGAAACGACAUUCCCAUCAUAGUGGACAGUUGCAUUGCCUUCAUAACCCAGUAUGGUCUGGGUCACGAGGGUAUUUACAGAAAAAAUGGUGCCAAGUCCAGAAUCAAGCUUUUGAUGGAAGAGUUUCGUAAGGACGCCCGGAACGUGAAGCUCCGUAUUGGAGAUAACUUCAUUGAGGAUGUGACUGAUGUUCUGAAAAGGUUCUUUCGGGAGAUUGAUGACCCCAUAUUCAUGGCUGACCUCCACCCCUUCUGGAAGGAAGCUGCUAAGAUCCCUCUGAAGACACAGCGUUUGGAUCGAUACAAAGAGCUGAUUCGAGGUUUACCACGGGUCAACAGAACCACUUUAGCAGCGCUCAUCAGUCAUUUGUACCGGGUUCAGAAGUGUGCGGAUCUGAAUCAGAUGUGCACUAAAAACCUGUCCCUGCUUUUUGCACCCAGCCUGUUUCAGACUGAUGGCAAAGGGGAACAUGAGGUCAAAAUCAUAGAAGACCUCAUUGAUAACUAUCUCUAUAUAUUUGAUGUUGAUGAAGAACAUCAAACGCAGAUUGAUUUGGAAAUCAGUUUGAUAACCACAUGGAGAGACACACAGCUCUCACAGGCUGGAGACUUGAUUAUUGAAGUUUAUCUUGAAGAAAAGAUACCAGAUUGCUGUAUCACUCUGAAGGUGUCUCCCACUAUGUGUGCGGAGGAACUGACCAAUCAGGUGCUGUACAUGAGGAACAUCCCUGCAGGAGAGAAGGAUGUGUGGAUGACCUUUGAGGCCAUUGAGGAAGGAGAGCUCGAGCGGCCUCUUCACCCCAAAGAGAAGGUUCUGGAACAAGCUCUACAAUGGUGUAAAAUGUCUGAUCCCAGUUCAGCAUAUUUGGUGGUCAAGAAAGUUCCCAGAGGAGAAGCUAUAGACAUUUUCACAGCCUAUAAGAGUGAAAUCGUCAAGUCCGGAGUGCUGAAGUGUCGUGAAGAGCCGCCCAAACUCUUACAAGGAAACAAAUUCCAGGAGCGAUCUUUCCAAAUUAAAGACCACAAAUUACUCCUGAUGAAGGACAAAAAAAGCAACAAGCCUGAGAAAGAAUGGCAACUGAAGACUUUAAAGAUUUACAUGGGGAUCAGAAAGAAGCUAAAACCUCCAACUAAAUGGGGAUUAACAGUACUGCUGGACAAGCAGCAAUUGUAUCUCAGCUGUUCCUGUGAAACUGAAUUAUGGGACUGGAUGACCAAUUUAUUAAAAGCACAGAAUGAUGAUCUGCGGCCGCCGGUGAUGAGACGGCACUCAUCCUCGGACAUCUCCAAGCAGAAGUUUGGCACCAUGCCGCUCGUGCCCAUCAGAGGAGAGGAGAGCAACACCAACUCCACCAUGCUCUCUGCCAAUCAGACUCUGAGGAAGCUUCACACAAGAAGAGCACUCUCCAUGUUUUUUCCCAUGAAGAUACAGCAGCAGGACUCAUUUGAGGAGCGCAUUGAAAUCCCCGAGCCUUUAUACGAGGAGGUGGGAGACUUUGGCCUGCAGGUGCUCAAGUCUUUGGAGACCAGUUUUCUGUCCAGCGGCCAUGCAGAGACACAGGAGGUGCCCAUGCGACCCAUCAGCCUGGGACAGAGGAAAACUACGUCCCUGGACCGCAUGCUGGGCUCCAGGCCAUUUGUGUCCUCAGGUGAGUCUCUGGACGCUCUGAGCCACGAUGGAUCUUCUGACUCUCUGCCCAUCCCAGGUCAUCACAGGGCUCACCGCUCGUGCAGCCCACAACAGGAACUACUGCUACAGGAACUGUCAACCAUGUUCUGCAAGAAACCAGAGUCUGAUGAGGCUGAAAACCUCACCUGAGCUUCAGAAUGAUGUGCGCUUUUUUGUUGUUGUUUUGUUUUGAAAUGGGCUAGGAAGAAUUCAGUAUUAAAUGUUUGUUUAUUUAAAGGGACAGUCCACCCAAAACCAAUUUCAUAUCAUUUCCACUUGAACUACAUCUGAUGAAUGCAAAGCAAAGCAAUAUUGGAAACCAGUAGUAUUUUUCAUACAAUGGCAGUCGGUGGUUACCUGUUUCCAGCAUUUUAAGAAAAUAAGAUAUUUUAGAGAUUGUUGGAAACCAGUUGCUAUUGAUUUACAUAGGGUUUUUUUUAUAUGGGAGUCAAUGAGUGCCUGUUUCUAAAAUUCUUAGAAAAGAAGAUAUUUUGAAGAAUGUUGGAAACUGGUUGCUAUUGUCAAUGCAUUGUUUCUAUUUCCAGUAUUGUUAGAAAAGGAGAUAUUUUACACGAGAAUGUUGGAAAUGAGUUGCUAUUAAUUUUCAUAGUAUUUUUUGCUCAUUCUGGGAGUGAACAGCUACUGGUUUCCAACAUUCUUAAAAAAAGAAGAUACUUUAGAGAAUUCUGUAAACCAGUUGCCAUUGAUUCCCAUCAGAUUUUUUUCCUACUAUGGGAGUCAAUGAGUACCUGUUUCUAAAAUUCUUAGAUAAUAAGAUAUUUUGAAGAAUGUUAGAAAGCAGUUGAUAUUGAUUCUCAUUGUAUUUUUCCUAAUAUUGGAGUCAAUGGUUACCUGUUUCAAACUUUCUUAGAAAAGAAGAUAUUUUGAAGAUUGUUGGAAAUCAGUUGCUAUUAAUUACCAUAGUAUUUUUCCUACUAUGUAUGUCAAUCAAUUUUUAUUUUCAGCAUUCUUAGAAAAGAAGAUAUUUUAGAGAAUGUUGGAAAUGGGUUGCUAUUGAUUUUCAUAGUAUUUGUAUUCUUACUAUAGGAGUGAAUGGCUACUGGUUUCCAACAUUCUCAGAAAAGAAGAUACUUUAUAGAAUGUUGAAAACCUGUUGCUAUUGAUUUCCUUGUUUUUUUCUAUUAUGGGAGUCAUGUAUGCCUGUCUACAAUGUUCUUAGAAAAGCAGAUAUUUUGAAGAAUGUUGUAAACCAGUUGCUAUUGGUUCCUUAGUAUUUUUUCUAAUAUGGAAGACAAUGGUUACCUGUUUCCAAUCUUCUUAGAGAAGAAGAUACUUUAGAAAAUGUAGGAAACCAGUUGCUAUUGAUUCUAUGGGGCUCAAUGAGUGCCUGUUUCUAAAAAUGUUUAGAAAAGAAGAUAUUUUGAAGAAUGUUAGAAAUCAGUUGCUAUUGAUCCUCAUAGUAUUUUUCCUACAAUAUAAAUCAAUGGCUAUCUAUUUCCAGCAUUCUUAGAAAAUAAGAUAUUUUAGAGAAUGUUGGAAAUGGGUUGCUAUUAAUUUCCAUAGUAUUUGUAUUACAAUAGGAGUGAAUGGUUACUGGUUUCCAACAUUCUCAGAAAAGAAGAUACUUUAUAGAAUGUUGAAAACCUGUUGCUAUUGAUUUCCAUAAUGUUUUUUUCCUAAUAUGGGAGUCCUGUAUGCCUGUCUCCAACGUUCUUAGAAAAGAAGAUACUUUAUAGAAUGUUAUAAACCAGUUGCUAUUGGUUCCUUAGUAUUUUUUCUAAUAUGGAAGUCAAUUGUUUCAAACUUUCUUAGAAAAGGAGAUACUUAAGAAAAUGUUGGAAACCAGUUGCUAUUGAUCCCAUCGUAUUGUUUUCCAUUAUGUAAAUCAAUGGCUAUCUAUUUCCAGCAUUUUUAGAAAAUAAGAUAUUUUAGAGAAUGUUGGAAAUGGGUGCUAUUUAUUUUCAUUGUAUUUUUCUUUUACUAUGGGAGUGAAAUGCUACUGAUUUCCAACAUUCUCAGAAAAGAAGAUACUUUAUAGAAUGUUGAAAACCUGUUGCAAUUGAUUUCCAUAAUGUUUUUUUUCCUACCAUAGGAGUUGUGUAUGCCUGUCUCCAACAGUCUUAGAAAAGACGAUAUUUUGAAGAAUGUUGUAAAUCAGUUGCUAUUGGUUCCUUAGUAUUUUCCUAAUAUGGAAGUCAAUGGUUACCUGUUUCCAACUUUCUUAGAAAGUUUCUUUAUAAAAUGUUGGAAACCAGUUGCUUUGGAUUCCAUCAUAUUGUUUUCCACUAUGUAAAUCAAUGGCUAUCUAUUUUCAGCAUUCUUAGAAAAGACGAUAUUUUAGAGAAUGUUGGAAAUGGGUUGCUAUUGAUUUUCAUUGUAUUUUUAUUCUUACUAUGGGAGUGAAAUGCAACUGAUUUCCAACAUUCUCAAAAAAAGAAGAUACUUUAUAGAAUGUUGAAAACAUUUCCAUGUUUUUUUCCUACUAAGGGAGACAAUGUAUGCCUGUCUCCAACGUUCUUAGAAAAGACGAUGAUUUGGAGAAUACAGGAAACAACUCAAUGGUCUUAGCAUUCUUCAAAAUAUCUUCUUUUGCAUUCAAUUGAAGUAAGAGACUUGUUAAGGUUUUGGAACCUUGAGGGUGAGUAAAUUUGGACUUUUUGGUGAACAUUUACUUUAAAUGUAAAGUGCCAAAGCAGUCACUGAAAAGAGAAACACCAAGUCUGAACCUGUGCUAGAAUUUAUUAGAUUUUUAUUUUUUUGUAUAAAUUGAGUGAGUAAAUUUGUUUAGGCUUUUGUAUUUGUUUCUAUGCUACACUAAAACUGACCGACCUCUCAUCAUUUUAUACAGUUUUACAUGAGAAAAAUCAUUUUAUUUCAUUGUUGUAUUAUAAAAUACAAUUAUAAUUGUAUUUUAUUGUUGUUUUAUUUGUACUUUAAAGUUAAAAUUGAAGUUCAGUUCAUGUGCUAUUUUUUUUCAUCCAUUUCUUGGCUCAGUAUUGAUGUGUUUUCUGUAUAACAGUAAGAAAUGAAUCAUAACAAUGCAUGUAUGUAAAGCAGCCUGUGAUACACAAUAGCAGCGGAAAUAUUCACAGGACUGCAGAUGGAUUAAAUAAAUACUGCAUGGAUGCAUUUCAGUUCUCCUGGGACCUUGGCCAGGUCUUUUUAUAUGUAUACAGUUUAUGAUAUUUAUUAAUUUAUUUAUAUAGACUAUUUGAAUAAUUCUCAAAAUAUUUGUCAGUGUUUGGAGGCACAGUGUUUUAACAGUAGAGGGCAGUGUAGAAACAGCGCAGAUACAAUCCCCACAAUCCAAAAGCCUCUUGAGUGCACGUUUUCACUUCUCCCUUUACAGGCAUUUAUUAAAGGCAUGUACAGUUGUAUAAAGUCUCAUAACUAAAUAAAUCUGUUCUUACCUUCUG